AUGAUUACACGGGAAUUCGUUCAACAAUUGGGGGUGCUCUUUAGUUUUUUCGUGCACUGUAGCACUAUAUCGCGACCCCCCCGUAUCCACCUCAAGCUGUGUGCUCGUGUCGCCAACUCUUAUUCUCAUGUCUAG